AAGAAAGAAAAUUCGUAGUAUACUAGUAUUUCUUCGUUUUUUUUUAUUUAUUUUUUUCUGUUUUGUUUUUUAAAAUAUUUGUGAAAAAGAUACUUAUUUACUUUCAUUAGGUUUCUUGUUUUGCUUAUUUUUGUUCUCUUCAUCUCUCUGCCUCGCUCGAGGAUCGUAACCGCAGGGUCUAUAAAUAAUCUGAGUUCUCGACAGGAAAAAGUGAUGGCUUCCAAGAGAAUCUUGAAGGAAUUGAAGGAUUUGCAGAAGGACCCUCCUGCUUCCUGCAGUGCUGGGCCUGUUGGUGAAGAUAUGUUCCAUUGGCAAGCUACAAUUAUGGGCCCUUCAGACAGCCCGUUUUCCGGGGGUUUGUUUCUUGUCACUAUUCAUUUCCCUCCCGAUUACCCGUUCAAACCACCAAAGGUCUCCUUCAAAACUAAGGUUUACCAUCCGAAUAUCAACAGCAAUGGUAGCAUUUGCUUGGAUAUCCUCAAAGAGCAGUGGAGCCCUGCCCUUACCAUAUCCAAGGUUCUGCUUUCUAUCUGCUCGUUAUUGACCGACCCAAACCCAGAUGAUCCUUUAGUGCCCGAGAUUGCUCACACAUACAAAGCUGAUCGAGCCAAGUAUGAAACGACUGCCCGUGCUUGGACUCAGAAAUAUGCUAUGGGCUAAAGAAAGAUCUCGGUUAGCUUGUCCGGGACGAAUUUUCGGCAAUUUCUAUUCUACUGGCUAUAAUAAAAAUGAAUUAGGAAAAGAAAAAAAAAAUGAAUUAUCAUUAAAUGCUAUCUGGAAAUUUUCUGGCCAGUUUAUUUAUCAUGUGUCGUGGUCAUUGGAAGCUUUGGACAGGUUUUAUUGCGUUGAACUAUAAAUUAAUAUGUUCUUUAUCUUUUAUGAUUUAGACUUGUCUAUAGUUUUUUUAAUUUAUUGCGGGAAUUUAUUGAUGGUGACCCACUUCAUCAGCU